GGCUCUCAUCACAUCGUUCUGGAUCGCUCCAUGUUCAAGCGCUGUACAACUGCUCCCCAUAGGAACCCAAGAGCCUUCUCUGGCUUCUGUAAGAAAGAGAAGAUGCUCUGUGCCGAGUGCAAGCAUGACUGGGGCGUCAUCGCCUCUUACCUCACUAUCCAGGAUCUGCCGCUGCUGAAGAUCGAGAGUUUCGUGGUGCAGGACUGCGUCACUCGCAGGCAGCAUUACUUCAGAAAGUGGCGUGACGUGACGUUUGCCAUGCGUGAGUUUGACAUGACGGAGAUCACGGCUGAAGCGUGUCGGCCGAGAGACUGAGAACGCCAAGCACAGCAACAGCUGAAGUUUAGCAGACACAUUCCUCGUGUGUGUGUGUCUAUAAAAUAUAAUCGAAACAUGACUUAAAUCUUAAAUUCUAAUUCCUGGUAUUUUUUAAUUUGAUGAACUGUGUUUGUGUAAUCCAGAUGAUAUGUAGUCUUAACAGCCCGACACUGGACGAGCACCACACGCACAAACAGAUAAUAAUCGUUAAUCACAUUUAAUCUCAUUAUUUAUCUGGAACUUUACUGCAAGUGACACCUUUAUUGCUUUUUAUUGUAUUUUAACUUGGGCAUGGUGGCUUUUACUGGUAAAUCCAACUGAUUAAUUAGACAUGACUAUGUAAGCUAUCUUUAGAUUACGUGUGUAAUGUCUGAUUUGUUAAUGGAAUUUUGAAUAUUAAA